AUGGCAACCUCAGACGUCAAACCCUCGGAGAAGAUCUACGCCCUCAUAAACUACGAAGACCCCUACGUCCAACCCCUCAUCCUCGCCGCCCUCCAAAAGCGCCUACCCGAAUCGUCAUACGAAUUCAUCACCUCAGUCUCUCAGCUCCCCAGCCCCUCACCCCGCCUUCUCCAAUGGGUCCAAUACGAAUCCAUCGACUUUGACCAUCUCUUGGAAAACUCCUCCACUUCCCUCGCCAACGCCUACGUAAUCCGCAAAGCGCUCAUCCGGAAACACUACCUCAGUACCACGAUUGCAAAUUGGAUUACCAAGUACCCGGAUAGUGUGUUGAAGAGGCACGUGAAGCCGAGUGUGGAGUUUGAAGUUGACUACGCCGAGUUUUUGGAUGAUGCGCUUGUGGAGGCGUGGGAGUUGAAGGAGAGUUGGGCGCGGAAUGAGGGGCAAGAAGAGGUGGAGAAGAAGGAGUGGUGGAUCUUGAAACCGGGGAUGAGUGAGCGGGGGCAGGGGAUCCGGUUGUUUUCGAGUGAGCGGGAGUUGACUGAGAUAUUUGAGGAGUGGGAUCCUGAGAGUGAUGAUGAGGAAGAAGAGGAAGAUGAAGAUGAAGAGGGACAUGCGAGAAGUGACGCCGGCGGCGGUGGUGAAAAUGGUGAGAGGAAAGAAGUACAAGAGAAGGAAGAAGGCAACGGUAUCAUAACAUCACAACUCCGCCACUUCAUUGCACAACCUUACAUCCACCCACCUUGCCUCCUCACACCACCCAAUGCUCCUUCGUCAGAACUCCGCAAAUUCCACAUCCGCACCUACGUCCUCGCCACCAGCGCGCUGCAGGUCUUCGUCUACCGCCCCAUGCUCGCCCUCUUCGCUGCACGCCCCUAUGUUCCUCCGUGGAACAACGUAUUGCAGGAAGACCGCGACGAAGCUAUGCGAGCGCAUCUAACGAAUACAUGUCUACAAGAAAGCGGGGAUAGAGAAGGAAGCGUAGGCUUAUUCUGGGAUCUACCCAACAAUAUACCCCAACAACCCGAGGGGCUGGAAUUGGACGUAAAGUCUGAUUGGAAAGACCUCGUCUUCGAGCAGAUCAAGGCUACCACAGGUGCGACGUUUGAAGCAGCAGCCCGCGGCAUGUCAAUCCACUUCCAACCUCUUCCCAACUCUUUCGAAAUCUUUGGCCUGGAUUUCAUGGUGGGCAUUGAGGAGGAUGGUAGCUUGAAUACGUAUUUGCUGGAGGUGAAUGCGUUUCCGGAUUUCAGGCAGACGGGCGUGGAGCUAAGUGGUAUGAUUCAGGGGCUUUUUGAGGGGGUUGUGGAGAAGGGGGUGUUGCCGUUCUUUGGGGUGGGUGGCGAGCGGAAGGAUGGAGAGGAUGGGAUGGUGAAGGUUCUGGAUGUUGAUCUUGGACGGCGGUGA